AUGAAGUCCUCGCUCAGUACACACACGACCAUGUCGCCCACACGCGCGCGCAUGGCGGACGCCGUCUGGCUUACCGGUAUCAACAUGCUGGGCAUUAUCCUAACCAUGGCCCAACUGCCUCUCGUCGCACUGGUCUCGCUCAGUGGUCGUCACCCCUCUCGCCCCAACACCCUGCUCAAGCACGCCACGCAGUUCAUGUGGGAUGCACACGAUUGGCUGGAACAUGCCGAACUCCACCCUCCCUCCAUCUGGCACUGA